AGCGAGAGAAGCCACAAGCCAGGUCACGUGGCAUGCUCACGUGUCCGGGUUCAUUGCACUAAACCGGCGAGCGCCCGCCACACGCUUUCCCUCUCCCGCCACACACUCUUUGUCUUCCUCCACCGUCGCUCGCCAUCUUCAGUUUCUCCAUGCCCAUCUCUCUCUCUUUAAUCUCUUAUUACCACUUUUGUGUAUAAACGCCAAACCCCCAUCUAUUUCCCUUCGAAAUUUCUCAUCUUUUUUCUCAAUCUGACACCCAAUUUGAAUUUGCUCUACCCAGCAGCAUUUUGAUCUUCAGGGUGUUGGGGAUCAUGGGUUCCAAGGAUCCUGCUCCGGUGGUUGACAAGGUUAAUGAGGCAACGCAGGCGGUGGAUCGGGCUUGUCCUGGCAAAAAGAUUCAGGGGAAAAUGCCUAAGAGAAUCCACAAGGCUGUGAGGGAGAAACAGAAGCGUGAGCAUUUGAAUGAUCUUUUUCUCGAUCUGUCUGAUGCUCUCGAACUGAAUCAGCAGAACACUGGAAAGGCCACUAUACUUUGUGAAGCUACUCGACUAUUAAAGGAUUUGCUUGGUCAAAUCGAAUCCUUGAGAAACGAAAAUGUAUCCUUGUUGUCCGAAUCUAACUAUAUGACUGUUGAGAAGAAUGAGCUCCGAGAGGAUACUUCUGCCUUAGAAACUCAGAUUGAAAGAUUGCAAAGUGAGCUACAAGAGCGGGUUCGCCAGUCUAAACCUGACCUUAAUGUACCACCUGUAGAAGUUAGACAAGAAGUGGCAUCCCAUUUUCCUGGAAAUUGUGUCGGAUUUCCUGCUCAAGAAUCAGCUUUGCAACAAGCACCUGCUGUCUUUGUCAUGCCCCUCCACCCUGAUCUCCAAACUUAUCCACCGGCAGAUUCCGCCCACCUCACAUCUAAGACCAACUCAAAUGUGAGCAAACCACAUCCUAGGUAUCCAACCUCGGUGGAUUCUUGGCCAUUUCAACUUCUCAGUGAGCAACCAGCAGCAGGCAAAGACUCUCGACAGAAUGGUCACAGUACCAGCGGAUAUAAUGGCCAUGAUAACGUGUAAUCAAUCUUUGUAAUUGAAAUUAUUUUAAGCGCAAUGUUGUUUACCGUUUCUUGGGUUAAUUGACAAUGCCCCCUAGUGCUAGUUUUGUAUAUUUCAUGAUGAAGGUAAAAUACAAGUGCGUUGAGACUGCA